UUAUUUUUUUCUGAGAUUAAGAUGCAUUUUACAACCCAUAAGAAAGCACAAGGUUUCUGUUGAAUGAGAGCUGUUUAGUGACAUCUACUUCUAGUGAUUAUUGGGUAAGAUGAAGCUGCUUUAACGCAGUAAUCAGGCUCUCAGUGGAAACUUUGCAUUUCAUUAUGCACUAUAAGAUGUGUUUAAUUUUAUUUCUGAGUUUAAGGAACCAUCUCUGAUGAGCAUUGAGGAGAGAAGCACUUCUGAUAUAAUCUUUAAGGAAGUACGAAGCUUCCGUUCAGAGGCACAGCUACCUAGUGAUAUCUGCUUUUUGCAGCUGCUGGAUACCGCUGUAGGCAGCACCUCCCUGACAGAUCUACCUGGUGAGAAGCAAGUGAUUCUGCACCCUUAGAGCAAAGAAGCUUCUUCAUAUCAUCUGAGAAGAAAGGAGGAGAAAAGGUAAAAUUCGCAAAAUGCAGUUGCUGUACGCUCAUCAUGUUAAGAAAUCCUGCAUCAUCAGAAGAACUGGGGAAAAAAAACAUGAGUUCUUCAAGUACAGAGUCCUUUCAAGUUGAAAUCUCAACCUUUUAUGACUAUUAUGAUAAUUAUAAUGAUGCUCCAAAACCAUGCAGUAAGGAAAGCGUCAAGAGGUUUGCAGCCUCCUUCCUCCCUGUUCUGUACACCCUAGUAUUCCUGGUCGGGCUCACGGGAAACAUUCUGGUCAUUGUGGUCCUCUUCAAAUACAAGAGGCUGAAGAGCAUGACUGAUGUGUACCUACUAAACCUCGCCAUCUCAGAUUUGCUCUUUGUUUUAUCCUUGCCAUUCUGGUCUUAUUUCACAAUAGACCAAUGGGUUUUUGGAACUCCCUGGUGUAAAAUCAUUUCGUGGAUCUACCUGGUUGGGUUUUACAGUGGGAUAUUUUUUAUUAUGCUUAUGAGCAUAGACAGAUACCUGGCAAUUGUUCGUGCAGUGUUUUCCUUGAAAGCAAGGACUGCCUUCCAUGGCUUGAUUACUAGCCUUGUUGUAUGGCUAGUGGCUCUUUCAGCCUCAUUUCCAGAACUUGUAUUUAAAGAAUCUUUUAACGAACAUAAUUAUACUACCUGCAAGUCAAGAUACCCAGGCAAUUUCACAACAUGGAAACUUUUUUCUACUUUGGAAAUCAACAUUUUAGGGCUCCUAAUCCCUUUUAUAGUUAUGACAUUUUGCUACUCCAUGAUUGUUAAAACAUUAGUUCACUGUAGAAAUGAGAAAAAGAAUAAGGCUGUGAGAAUGAUCUUUGCUGUCAUGAUCAUGUUUUUCUUCUUUUGGACCCCUUACAACAUUGUUAUUUUCUUGCAACUACUGGAAAUUACGGGAGUCAUUAGAGACUGUCAAGUGAGCAGGAAUCUGGACUAUGCUUUCCAGGUAACAGAAAUCCUCGGCCUUUUUCACUGUUGCCUCAAUCCAGUCAUCUACUUCUUCAUGGGGGAAAAAUUUAAGAAGUACCUGAAGAUGCUCUUUAAGAACUGGCGGUUACCUGGAGAUAUUUGCAAGUGGUGUGGCGUUCACAUAACUUACCACACUGAAUCUACUGGUUCAUUCCACACACAAUCUACGGGGGAUCAAGAUGCUCUGUAAUGUGUUUCAGACCAACCACGGAACUGACCAGCAAGCAAACUGACAAAAGCAGGAACGUUGAAAAGCUAAGCAAACACACAUGAAUUUAACAAUAAGCUAGUGCCGGAU